AUGUACUGUCUCGCUUCUCACUGCUUUCUCUGUUUCUCUUUUGCCGAAUCCAUUAACACACCAUUUCUCCCCCUCGACCGACUGCCUCCGAAUCCCGGCUGGCGUUCAUGGGCUCUCUGGAAAUUGUCUUCACUGCCAAGAAUUGUAUUUAGUGCUUUAUAUCGCAUUUCCUGCUCCACACCCAUGCUACCGCCAACCCCACUCAGAUCCUCUUUCCUCGGAAUCUGCGCCAGCCUUCCCCUUGCCAGCCGUUUUGCUUGCCACCUUUACGCCUCUAACCCAAUACUAAUCAUUCAAAUGGCUUGCGCCUCUUCUUUGUCCCUCCUAUGCUUUACCAUGUCUAUCCGAAGUGGCAAAUUUGUCAGUCUCGUUCGGCAAAUAGACCAAGGCGGUUCCGACACAGAAAAUAAGGAGGGUGAAGAAGAGGACAACGAUGAGACUAUGCAAGUGGAAAGAGAAAUCGUUCUUCGAGUUCGACAAAGGGACGGGCAGCAAACGCAGGUGGAACCUUUGAGUUCAUCCAAUUGUCAAAAGCAACGAAUUCGCAUCGUCUACGAGGGUUCACAGGAGAGUGACUCCACCAAGCAGCACCCCAACGGAGAGCUCCCAGGUGAGCAGAGUCUGCUUACCGACAUGGAUCUGUAUCCUAUAGACUUUUCCGUGUUGAACUAUUCCGGAUGA